AUGGGGUUAAAGUGCACCGACUACUUUGAAACAUCGAAAUACGACUCUCCAGACAUACAAAUUAUUACUUGCAAAAGCUGUUCUAGCCACUUGUGUCUCUCGGACUUGAUUUUAUCUGACAAUUUCAGCGGCUCGACCGGGCCUGCUUACCUCGUGGAUAACCUCAUAAAUGUUCAAAUCAACCCGAAAACAGAAGACACGCAAAUGAAGACUGGCGCAUACAAGAUCAACAAAGUCGAAUGUCACCAAUGUUUAAAAACAUUGGGAUGGUACUACAAGAAGUCAUAUUCAUACUCGGAAACAUACAAAGAGGGGAAAUUUGUCAUUGAAAAGAGCUUUAUCAAGUUUAGUGAUAACUUAUCUACAACACAGCUAUUAAAGGAGAAAGCAAUGCAGAGUAAAUUCCGCAGAUUCAGUAACAGUUCAAGCCACAAUAGCUCUGCAAUUUCAAUUGAAGCUAACGAUUGUAUAAUCGAUGCCAAACUGGAAACUAAAGAGACUCAUGAUGGUACUAAUGGGCCUAAAUACAUUAUUUCAACACACUAUCCAUCAAAGAAUUUAAAAAAAAACAGAAGAGCCUCAUCUAGUUCUUCAGCCGUUUCUGCAGCAUCUACUUCCUCCUCUGCCUCUUUCUCCGCCUCAUCGACAUCACCUACUAACGGUGAUACAAAUGGACACGGUGGAAGUUUUUUCAACAGGAUCAGAUUUCCCUAUAGAAGUUCAGAAGUUGAGUUGUUUACUAGUGCAGUGAACUUUGCCGAUGGAAACGAGGCUAUUCAUGAAGAUCACAAUGACGAUAUUUUUCUCGAUACAUAA